CUUAAUGGGAGACCCUGUCGUGAUGAUCAGCUUGUAUCCAGAUUUCUCUGGAUUAAAAGAACAAUCGCUCUCCACCAAAGGCGAGUUCAUCUUUUUGAUGGAUCGGUCUGGCAGUAUGGAUUGCAAAAUGAAUGAAGAUCCAGACUCCCUCAUGCGCAUUGAGAGUGCUCGUGAUACACUUCUGCUUCUCCUCAAGAGUGUACCAUUUGGCUGUUUCUUUAAUAUUUACGGUUUUGGUUCCCACUUUGAAUCCUUUUUCCCAGAGAGUGUUGAGUACACACAGCAGACAAUGGAGUCUGCAAUGGAAAAAGUGAAAACAAUGGAAGCCAACUUUGGAGGAACUGAAAUUUUGGCACCCCUUCGUGACAUUUUUGGAAAAGCCUGCAAACCAGGAUACCCAAGACAG